AUGCGUCACAAAGCUGGGAAACCUCCAUCGAUGGGUCCUACUACUAUCGAUUACGCCUUCUUCCCCCAUCUCAUCGACCUCAUGGUUGACCAUUGCGAUGCGUUUGGCCUUCUCAAGCUCCGUUCCGUCUCUCGCAAGAUGCGCGAGCGUGUCGACCCCGUUCUCUUCAAGCACGUCGUCUGUCAACCCUCCACGCGCAACAAGAAGGAGGAGGCCAUGUGUGUGAUCCGAGCCGCAGCAACCUCCGCCGAGCCUGCCCUUGUGUUGGACGCUAAACUCCACAAACCCCUCGUCUCCAAGCACACCAAGGUACUGGACGUCCUCAGCGGUGCCGAUAUGCGUUGCACACUUCUGGAAGAGACCAGCAUUGAUUUCCUUCGGUUAGGUAGCGUGCUGGAGACUCCCCUGUCCCCUUCCCGUGUCCUCGUUCUGUUCCACCCCUGCGAGAAAUAUCCUUUCGACCACGACAGGCACUCUGGGACGGCCCCUUUGUGCUCCAAGAUUGUCUUCAAUGGUCUGGAUGCCCAGGACAAUGCGUACAACGUUUCUUACUACUACGGGAACCACCAGGCCGACUUGGUCUUUGUGUCGUCACACUGGUCUCCGCCACCUACGUGGGAUAGACGGUCGCCUGCGUGGCCGCCGCGGUAUAACCCAAAGCCUGCGGGGCAUUGUAUUGCUGCAACCAUAAUCGACAUCCUCGACGACAGUUCUUACCGCGAUGACACGCCUGGUCCAGUGGUCGCCUGUUCCCUCACCCUCGUAGAUUUCGAACAUAUAAACCCAAUAUGGCUGGGCUUUCAACCCGGCGCCACCAACCAGGACCAAUUGCUGGAAGAAGUGACAGAAUACUGGCGAGGAUACUGCCGCUACGACGACGCUUCCAUGUUGGCAUCCAAUCUCACCAAGUUCCGCUCUCAAAUUCUCCCCAACAUAAAGUUCAUGACGGGCGAGGAAUACGCGGCGACCCUCUCACCUGAGGCCUUCCGGCUGGAGACUGAGCAUCCUCUGGCCCCAUAA